UCAAUCGGCGCGCCACAAUGCGCUAGAAACCGGGCCCCUCGAGUCACUUUGCACAAAAUAGCUCAAUUACCAUAUUGUGCAGUUGAGGACGCGACUAUUCGAAUGCGCCCAAGAUUGAAGUCCCAUGGCUCGGCUACACGGCGCUGCGAUCUUCGAAAGAUUCGAUUUGGACAAAGCAAGAGCAGCAUGGCAACGACGUCGGCUUUCGCCCGGUCCCGCGCCGCCCUCCGCAAGAAGACCAAGCCCGUCAAGAAGGCGCUCGAUGAGGAGCAAAUGGAGGAGAUCAAGGAAGCAUUUAGCCUCUUUGACACGGACGGGAGCGGCUCGAUCGAUGCGCGGGAGCUCAAGGCGGCCAUGCGGGCGCUGGGCUUCCAGGUCAAGAAGGCCGAGGUGCGCAAGAUGAUCGCCGACAUUGACAAAGACGAGAACGGCACGAUCGAGUUUGAAAACUUUGUCGAGAUGAUGACCAGCCGCAUGAACUCGCGGGAUACGCGGGACGAGGUGAUGAAGAUCUUCAAGCUCUUUGACGACGACAGCACGGGCAAAAUUUCGUUCAAGAACCUCAAGCGUGUGUGCUCCGAGCUCGGCGAAAACCUCACGGACGAGGAGAUGCAGGUAGAUGUUCAAAUUGGGGGCAGCGACGCAUUAUUGCCUAGGAAAUGAUCGAUGAAGCCGAUCGCGACGGCGACGGUCUCAUCAACGAGGACGAAUUCUUUCGCGUCAUGAAGAAGCGGUCGGGUAACCCGUUGGACGACCUCGAUAGCGACGACGAUUAGGGUUUUUCUCUACUAACUAUCCCCAUGUCUAUAUAUACAGCGCACAUAAGCGCACGCCCC